CCUUGAUUCAUUUUUCUUCCCUUUGUUGCUAUUCCGUUCUGUGUAAUUCGAACAAUUUCGGCACCUUUUUCCCUACUCUUCUUUCACUUUCUUUUUCUUUUUCAAUUCCCCUUUUGUUUUUAAUCGCGGGUUCCUCGCUGAUGCCCAUUUGAUUUCCCCUCAUCCAUGAUCUAUUCUUUUUUGUUGCAGUGAAUUGUGCUGUCAGCUGGGGGUCGGGGGCCUCUAAUCGCGUUUUCCGGUAAAGGGUCUGUUUCAAUUUCACUCAUUUUUGUUGUUAUGGCUUCUUCUCACAAUACUCAUUCCGAGACUGCAAAAACCGAGCAAAUUCUAACUGAAUUCUUUGCUAAAACGCUACAAAUUGUACUGGAAUCGAGGUCACCUUGUAUCUCGUCGCGUAAUUUCAGUGGGGAACAAGUUUUGUCGUCUCCAUCUUCCUCCUCCUCGUCCUCCUCCAGUAUGAGGCCGAGGGAUAAGUGGUUCAAUUUGGCCCUUCGUGAAUGCUCUGCAGCGUUAGAGAACAUUGAUCUCUGGCGUCAGAGCUAUCAUGAACCCAUGGUGGUAGAUGUUAUUUUGGUUCAGAGGCAAUUUGGUUUAGACUCAGUCAAUGCUUCUCCUAGGAAAGAUCUUGUUAGGAACUUGUCUCUGAAAGAUAAAUAUUCACUCUCUUUCAAUUCUGAUAAGGACGAGUUUGGAUGUGAUACCAAGAGCGAGAAGGUUGUAGAGAGAUGGAUGGUGCAUUACGAAACUAGAAAAAACAGGGAUGGCAAUUCCGGUAGCAGAAGGUCUGGUACUAAUACUUUACACACCUUCUAUAAAAAGACCAUAUUACUCUUAAGGUCCCUGUAUGCCUUUGUGAGGCUUUUACCAGCAUAUAAGGUUUUUCAAGAUAUCAGUUCAUCUGGUCAAAUUCACCCCUUUACUCUUGCUCAUCGUGUGUCUUCAUUCGCGGAGCCUUUCACUCGGAGAGAAGAGGCAGAAAUGCAGCGUUUUGCGUUCACUCCGGUGGACACUUCUUGUGGUAGACUCUGUCUCUCGGUGUUGUAUCGCUCAUCCCUCUCUGAUAUAAGCUCUGAACCAUCAACUCCCAUGUCUCCUCAAGUUAUUCCUGAAUAUGUUGGGAGCCCAUUGGCAGAUCCAUUAAAAAGGUUUCCAUCACUCCCUGUCACGAUAGCACCAUCUCAAGGAUCUACAUCUUCAUUGCCUUUCUCAAGACGUCAUAGUUGGAGUUAUGACCGCUAUAGAGCCUCUCCCCCUUCGGUCUCUUUUUCACCUUCGCCAACACAUUCAGAGUCUCAUGCUUUAAUUUCGAAUCCAGCCUUUCGUCGCUUGCCCCCUUCAAGCUUACCUCCACACCCGCCUGAAAUGGUUCUGGGACAUAAAGAGAAUAUGAAUUAUGAUGAAUAUUAUCCUUCGCCGGUCUAUUCUAACUCACCCUCACUGUCACCACCAAUUGGGAUCCCUGUAAGGCGAUUACCAAAUGGCCUAUUGCAGUCUGAAAGUGCUCCUCCGAGUGCACCUAUAGCAAAGCUUCCCCACUCGCCUGCAUUGUUAAGUAAACCAAAUUUGCCCCCAUCCCCUCCCCUAAAAGCUUCUGGACCUGGUAUUUCUAAAAUUAAUAGAGAUAUUGGUCCGUUGCAGGGUGGCUCUGCAAUUGGAAAGUCAUCUUCUCUUGGAAGAGAUGAAACCCGAAGGCUUUCAGGCUGGAGGUCAUCAUCCAAUAACUCACCACAAAUUUCAAUUUCAAGAAGCUCCAGCAGAUCUUUUCCAGAUGAUUUAGAUGAUACAGAGUUUCCUUGCCCGUUUGAUGUGGAUGAUGAUGAACUGACGGAUAGAGGUAGCAGACCCGAGUCCUUCGACCCAAAAGGAAAUCUAUGUGAGAUGCUGGAACCUGGAGGAUUUUUCCCCAUUCGUAAAUCUCAGGACGCUGCUAUUGGCGCCCUAGUAUGUAUGCUACAAAAAGCUCCACCACUUCGCCAAGAUUUCACCAAUUCAGCCACGGAUCAUUUACGAUCCUCUACACCUGACUUCCCAAGCAGAAAUAUCCAACAGGGAAAUCAGAUAUCUGAGACAGUGUCUACAAAAGAUCGCUAUGCUGCUUCCUCUAGCGUCACAGCCUCUGGUCUUAUUAUGCCUAAAACUACAGCUGAUGCAUUGGAAGAACUACAGAACUACAGAGAGAUGAAAAAUUUGUUGCUCAGGCAAGCUGGGAAGACUCACACAUAAUCAAAAUGGUCUGCAGUAGGAAACCUUAUGAUCUAGAGAAGUCGGUAAGACCCAUGUGAAUAUUUAAACCGUAUGGAUUGAAUACAUGUACAGUAAUUUCCUUUUCCAAGUUGCAGAGUCUGGAGCUGAAGAGUACAUUGGUUGGGUUCCCUUUUUCUCAUGUACAUAUUUAUUAUAUAUUUGAGGAGAUUGAGCAUCAAAGUCUAUGCAGUAACGACUGUAGUAUGACCCCUUACUGAGGCCACUUCCACCUCUGGCUCUAUUUGUAAAUAUUAAAUGCAAACUUGCUAAAUAAUUUAACUGUUUCUUCUGUA